AUGAAGCGUCAGAGAAGCCUUCUCGACUUCUUUCCUAAGCGACGGGUGACGCCGCUGGCUGUUGUUGUUGCUGCCGCUGCUCCCGCUGCUCCCGCUGCUCCCGCCGCCCCAGGGGCUGAAAACGAGGAAAUAGACGAACCACCGCCGCUGGCGUCAGCACGAAGCAAAAUAACUACUCCUCAGGUUGUGUCAAGCAGUUGUGGCCGCGUCGCAGUUUUACCGACGGACGCGACAGAAAGCCUAGACGGCAGUGCAACGAAUUUUUUCCACACGUCGUUGUGUUGCUUGGACACACCGCGGCGUACGCAGGCAACGGUCCAAACUUUUUUGGACUUUGGCCAAGACAAUGCAGGUGGAACGAUGAAAUGCAGCCUAUGUGGAAUGUUUUUUAACUUUACGGUGACGGAAGACAUUCGGAUACAUGAACGCUGCUGCACCGCAUUGUUAUCUGGUAAGAGUAGUGCGAGCACGAAGGGGAAACAACGUGCAGAUGACCUCGAAGCAUGGCUUGUCUCUGCACAGCUUGGAAAGACGUUGGAGGGGUUCGUCCAGCCAAAGCGACGCGGCCAAGCUGUGAAGGAGAGGCUGCGGAAGUGCACCAACGGAGAGUUCUGUACCAGGGUACAGGAAUCGUCGAACAAGGAGCUUGUCCUCUAUGUAUUUGAUGGUAGCAAGCAGGAUUGUGUGAAGGACGUGGUAUUCCGCCGGCUCGUGGAGGCACUUGAGUUUUCAGAGGUUAUGUUGUCCGCUGCGGCGUACUCUCUUGUGGCGGUGGUGCACUGUCACACCGGGCGUCUCUUGUGCGCCGUUGCAGGAAAACCCUCAACACGGGAGCAGGACCCCGUCCUUACCUUGGGGAAGAGUGAGUGUUGUACCGUGACGCGUUGUCACACACGACCGUGUGUGACAUUUUGUGACGUGCCGUACGUGUGGUGUCAGCGUGAUGCAGCACUGGAGGCGAUGACAGCAGAUUGGUGGCACACAGAUACGGUGGCUGCGCUGCAGCCGACACGUUUGGCGAUUCAGGAUUUCUUUCAAUGCACCAAACAACAGGAGAAAAAGCAACAACGCCUUCACGCCCUUGUAGAUACCGCACUACGCUGGGCUGUGACAACAUUGGGUCGCCACGUUAGUUACGGACACACGCUUUGUCCACGGUCAGAGUUUUCAUAUGACUGUAAUACCCUCUCUAGUGAUGUACUGAGCCGCGUGGAGGUUGUCACGGCAUGCAUUAAUGCGGCAGCGCCAUUGUACACGCACACCGAUGGUCAUGAUGCUUUUGGUGACUCUGACGCCGAGCUGUCUGUGGUGUCGUAUGGCGAAUGA